GGACGGUUCUUUCACGACAGAGAAGCUCGCAUCGGUGUCUCUCACCAGCCACCUUACGAGCCUACUUUCCUCUUUCACCACCACUGUCGAGGUAGCCAUGGCGACCAGCGCCGUGCCAAGUGACAACCUGCCAACAUACAAGCUGGUCGUGGUGGGGGAUGGUGGCGUUGGGAAAAGUGCGCUAACCAUCCAGUUUUUCCAGAAAAUCUUUGUGCCGGACUAUGACCCCACGAUUGAGGACUCGUAUCUGAAACACACUGAAAUAGAUGGACAAUGGGCAAUACUGGAUGUGCUCGACACAGCCGGUCAAGAGGAGUUCAGCGCAAUGAGGGAGCAGUACAUGAGGACGGGAGAUGGCUUCCUCAUCGUCUUCUCCGUCACAGACAAGGCCAGCUUUGAACACGUUGACCGGUUCCAUCAGCUCAUACUACGGGUCAAAGACCGGGAGGCCUUCCCCAUGGUUCUGGUUGCAAACAAAGUGGACUUGGUUCAUCUGAGAAAGGUGACAACAGACCAGGGCCAAGAGAUGGCUGCUAAACAUAAUAUAACUUAUAUUGAAACCAGUGCCAAGGAUCCCCCUAUGAAUGUGGACAAAGCCUUUCACGAGUUGGUCCGAGUUAUACGACAACAAAUUCCUGAGCGAAACCUGAAAAAGAAAAAGAAGAUGAAAUGGAGGGCGGAGCGUUCCACGGGCUCCCGCAGGUUCCACUGCGCCAUAUUGUGACCUCGCGUGUUCUUCGUUUCUUACAUAAAGACACAAACCAAAAUGCACA